AUGCGCGGCGCGAGCGGCAGCUCGGAGCGUUUGGUGGGCGGUGCGAAGAAUGUUCGGGGGGCGCGGGCCCGGCUGACGCGGCUGUUGACGGCGUCGCUAGCAGCCGUGUUGGGCGGCGGCAGCGCAGCGCUGCUGUUCCUGGUGCCGCUGUACGCGGACCCGGCGCUCAGUGCGCUGGCGGCCGACUUCGCUCCCGCGCCCGCCGAGUGUGUCACCGAGCGACGCGACGAGCGUCUCGGGCUCGACAACUGUACGUGGGCCUCGUGCCGCGAGGGCUGCACCAGCGACGCCUACAGGUGCCUGCAGCUGCACGUCAAAUAUCGGCCGCGGUCGCAGGAGGACUGGCGCCCCGCCGUGCUCUACGUAAACAUCAAGGGCUGUGGCUACCCACCAGCUGUCAACUGCGCCAACUUCACCCGCGACCAUGGACGCGUGGGCGCGCGCUACGCGUGCUACUGGUCGCGCGCGGAUCCUAGCGUCGUGGUGCCAGAGUGGUCGCGGGCAGAGCAGGUGGGUACAGUGACGCGCACGCUAGCUCUGCCUCUGUUCCUGUCGGGGUGUGCAGGCGUGGGGCUGUGCGCCCUGCACUGCGAGUGCCGGCCCAGGGCGCGGCCGAAGGCCCGAGCGAGACCCCGCGAGCGCCCGGGUCCGCCCGCCCCAGACGUCGCCGCGCCCGGCUACCGGCUGGCGUAGCGCCUUCGCCCGCGACACACACAGACCUACCGGCUGGCGUAGCGCCAUCGCCCGCGACACACCGACCUACCGGCUGCCGUCACAUCGCCGACAGUUUGUACAAAUGGACGCACACGCGCGCAAAUUGUUUUCAUGCACCAUUGUGCGACACACCGACAAGUUACUAAGAAGAAACGAUUUGAGUAACUAAAGUUAUUAUUAGCAAAUGUUUUCCAAUCUCUAAAUAUAUACUUACAGUUCAGUAGUAGCUACCUAGAGUUUCGUCACAUCACAAAUCCAGUCGAUGAUCUCGUUACAUUGACUUAUGAUAUAUACCUAUGGGCAGAAGUGCCGGUUGCCAAUAUUGCCGUUUAACACUGUUUUUUUUUAAAUACAAUUUUAUUUUAUUCUAUCUGCAGAGUGAAUUGAAAAGAGAACUAUUUUAGGUAACAAUUUAAGAACUAUGUAGGAUUUACAAGAGGCGUGGGGAUAUUCCUUGUAAUUUUAUCACUUUAAUAUUAUACAGGUUAAAUAUAUUUUUAUGUACCUACAGAUUUAGAAUAGUUGGACCAUAGAAUGUUACAAGUGAAUUAUUGUUUCUCUUUUUGCCAUAUGACGCUUAUAACGGGGCCUCAAAUGGCGCCUUUAAAAUACUUGUAGGUUGGAAGGUUAAACUAUACCUAUAUGAUACUACGAUUAUAUAUGAUACCUACAAAACUACUAAUGGACAAAAAAAUCAUUCAUAUAAGAGUGGACACGCACUUGAAAACAUAUUAACUGAUACUUUUGAUUCAUAACAUGUGGGUAAUACUUUCAGACAAUUAUAUUUUAUGAUCGAUUACUUAAACUACAAAGGAAUAUAAUAUUAUUAAUUAUAUACUGUCUGAAAGUAUUAACCACAUAAUAAGAAACAAAAGUAUCAGAGCGUAGGUUAUGAACGCACCUAUGUGUGAAAGUGUAACUAUCCGAUAUCCGAACAUGUUAAAAAUAAAAUAUUUAUUGUCUAUGGUGUAAAGAUUAUGUUGUUCACAGAGUAAAGUAGCUACAGGGUAAAAAUAUCCUAAGGCCUAAAAUUCUAACCACAUUUAAAAAAUAUGUUUUAACUUUAGGAUUAUAUUUAUUACAAAUUAUAUUUUAAUAAUAUAUUAUGUAUUAAUAUUGUAAGUAGUAUUGUAUCAGAUAAUCUAGCAGUUUAACUGUAUAUUCAACUAUUGUUAUAAAAUUUAAUAUUGUCUUGACGCACAUUAAACACUUCUACUUAAAAAAAUCGAAACACCUUUGAAGUUUGGUUGCUAUGAGCUUUUGUAGUUUUUCCUUUUAUACAAGAAUAAUAAAUAUGCCACAUACACGGACGAGUAAAAAAAGAAGGACUCCGCGCUGUGAUAUUAGCAUAAAUGCUAGUGUGUUUGCGGUUACGGAGGAUACCAGUUACACAAUUUUUUUCCCUUAAAUAUCAUAUAUGGCCACAAAUACUUUUGUAGUAUUGUUUUUACACUUUUUCACAACGCACGACGAAAUUUUUAAAAUAUUUUAUCGCGACGCAAACUGAUCUGUCACAGACGAUGGCAAAUCUUAUAAUGGCGGCCGAUCGGCUUGUAGUAGUGUGUGUGCGUGGGGCUAUGUAUUGACACGAUUACCGGCUUGUUUUGGUGCUUCACUGUUAUGUAAGGUGACAUGGAGUCCUUAUUUUUUUACUCGUCCGUGGCCACAUAUGAGCUGUCGUAAAACGAAUAUUGACGUAUUAAAUUAAAAUUAAAUUCCGCCUUCAUGUUUAGUUCAGUAAAUAUGUUAUAACCCUUUGAGAAGAAUUUUUAAUGUUAGAAAAUGUUUACUGAGUAUCUCGUAUUCCCCCGGGCUUUAAGACGGCUUCCAUGCGGCUCCUUAUGGAACGGAGAGACACAUGCUGUGUAAUGUUAUCCCAGUCUUCUUGUAUGUCUGUUUUAAGCUGGCUAAGCGUCUUCAGAGCAGGACUUGCCUCUUCAACUCAUCCCAUAGGUAUCCUCAAUGGGAUCUACCAUAUGUAGUCUUCUUGCUGGCCAGCCAAAAAGCGUAAUACCGACAUCGCUCAAGUAUUCAUUUACAAAGCCUGCCGUAUUGCCUUACAUAAAAAUGACAUUAAAAAACUUCUCCAGUAAACUAUUCGCUGUAUCGUAGCCAAUCGAUGACGGUAAGCGAGAUCCAGAUACAAAAACAAGUUUGUUUUUUUUUAUCGGCGCUUCGAUCUCCCCAAACUGUCCAUGAUCCGCCACCGCAACUGAAUUUCUCCAAUAUUGCAGCACUGUUCAAAACGCCCUGAAUCUCUUCGAUACACGUUUCUUCCCUAGUUAUCAUAUAGCAUGACACACGUCAGCAAUACAAAAAUUGCUUCAUUGAAAGUAUAACCAAUUGUUAACUACUCACGCCCAAAAUUUAGCUUUCAGACCACGCUCCACCAAUCAUACAACAGACAAACCUCGAAUCUCGCGUAGCCGCUGCUGUAGUUAGUACAAUAGAAGGCCAUUAAACACGAGUUUUUAAUACCCUUCAUUAUAAUGUGUAUAAUCACAAACUACCAUUUUGCAAAAAAUGUAAAUUAAUGCAGAUAUUCCAACAAAAUAAACAAGUCUCUACAUUUAUUUAUUAGACGAAAUUUUAAAUAAAGUACUUAGUUUUAAUAGUGGUUCACAUUUUUUUUUAUUUCAACCCAAUUUUGUAUUUAAAUGCCUAAUACUUCCAGGACUGUUUCGAUUUUUUUGAUGAGAAGUUUAGAAUUUAUUUAAGGUACAAAUUGUGUGAGCAUUGUAAUAAUAAUGAACGCAGGAUUUAACUAGUUUAGUGAGUGAAGUGUGAGUUGUUCUAUGUUAACGUUUUGUAGGUAGGUGCUAUAUGUUACACUCACCACUGCAAUGUUGAGCGAAGUGCAUUUAAAUGUGAUUUGGUCUUUCCCGGUGAUGUCCUUGUUUGGUGCAUGAGCAACGGUCGAUCAGAAACUGAGUCGCUUAAUAAUUGUGUUGAUUAGGAGACAGGUUUCGUAUCGUUGUUCAUUUUGCACGGACCUUAUAACCUCUUUUUACUAGAGAAACAACAGGAGUACAGAACAGUUCUGAGCAUUUUCUGACUAAUGUGCAACGCCUAAGACUUUGCCAUUGCGAGGAAAUCCUUUACGACUAAACCCAAAAUUUUUUUUUAUAAAACACCGUUUGAAGGAUUAAAACGCGUGUAAUUAAUUGUAACUGUUUUUACAUUCGUUUUUGCGUAAUGUAUUUUUUUUUAUUAUUAUUUUUAUAAUCCGACGUUUUGUGACAUUUUCAGGGGGUUGCCAAAAAGAAUUUAAACACUACGUUCCGUGGGGGCUGCGGUUGACAGUAGUCGAGAUAGUUUUUGUCACAAUUGUCAUUAUGAAGUUUAGCGUCAUUUUUUGCCUCGGAGGUGGUAUUUGUUGUAGGCAGAUGGUUUUUGGCACAAUAUACUGACGGUAGAAGAGAACUUCUACUUAUGUAAAAACAGUUACAAUAACACAGGUUUUGAAUCUUUUAAAAAGUAAUUUAUUUAAAUGUGUUACACUCGCUCUAAUCAAAGAAAAUAUAAUAAUUUUUAUUUAAGUGUAUAAUUUACGUCCAAGCCAAACGGCUUGGACGUAAAUUAUAGCUAAUUUAUUCUCUUGCAAUUUUAACAGCACAAACGUACUGUUAAAAUUGCAAGAGAAUUUAAACAUUAUCAGCGUGAUCGACAUCGCACAGGUAUUAUUUCUUUAAAGAGGUAGCAGGGAAUGUUCAAACAGUACCUACUUGUGAAAGCACUGGCUAACACCUGCCACCGCCAUCUCAUCAUUGCAGGGCGAGCUUUUAUACUUCCAUAAUCUCCAGGAGUUGUUUACAAUAAAACACAUUUUAUAAA